CUUCGGACGUCUGUAAAAGAAAAAAAGAAAAAUACAGACGAAAUAAUCGGAAAAUGACUGCAGGAUUGAAGACAAUGGAGUUAUUACGAUUAGGACGACGAGUUCGUCGACGUUUAAACGCACGAAAUGUGAGCGAUCAACUUCUCGCUGACGGCGAAGAGAAAAGAAAAAGGAUCUCCUUGAACAUUGACACGAAGAUGUUGAAAAUUGGAUUUUUGGGUGGUGGAAAAAUGGCCCAAGCUUUGGCCAAAGGUUUCAUUCGAGCAGGAUUAAGUAAAGGUGAUAUGAUGCUGGCCAGCUGUCUUCCAAACGACAUGGGUAGCAUAGAAGCGUUUAAGGAAAUAGGAUCAAACACUGUACAUUCGAAUGGACCCGUCGUUGAUCACGGUGAUGUUCUAAUUUUAUCGGUAAAACCACAAGUGGUUCCGAAAGUUCUUCCAGAUUUAAAAAAUUAUAGGAAACUUUUACUGUCUAUUGCUAUGGGUAUUCCGCUGUCAACACUGGAGAAGGCUCUUCCGCAAGGAACGCCAGUGAUAAGGGUGAUGCCCAACACCCCAGCCCUUGUGGGCUGUGGUGCAACUGUAUAUGCACGUGGAAAAUCUGCUGGCGAUAAAGAGGCUGAAAUAGCAGAAAAGCUGUUUUCUGCUGUUGGUUUCUGCGAAGAAGUUCCUGAAAAUGUAAUUGAUCCUGUCACUGCUUUAGCUGGCUCUGGACCUGCAUAUGUAUACAUGAUGAUAGAAGCUUUAGCCGAUGGAGGUGUAAAAAUGGGCUUGAUGAGGCAUACAGCGUAUAAAUUAGCCGCCCAGACUGUGCUUGGAGCUGCUACCAUGGUGCGAGACACGAAUACCCAUCCAGGACAAUUGAAAGAUGAUGUAGCUUCACCAGCAGGGUCUACCAUAACGGGAAUUCAUUACUUAGAACAGCAUGGUUUGAGAUCAGCAGUAAUCGGAGCAGUUGAAGCGGCAACGAAACGAUGUAAAGAAGUUAGUUCAUCUUCAGAAGAAAGACAGGAUUAAUGAUAAUGGAACUGAAAUUCAAUAACAGGUAAAAAAGCUGUACUGUAGUCAGUUAAAGUUAUCAAAAGGAAAUUGAACCGUGAAGAUAAUACGCUUUAACAUAACACGUCCACGUUUAAUUCUGCAAGUUUCUAUUAUGCAUAGUCUAUAAUUUUUUUUUUUUAAUAUUUUGUAUAUUUUGUACAUAAUUCUUUUAAAU